UAGGGGCGGCGGCGCGCGCCUCGUGAUGCUGCCUCCGACCAGGUAGCCGACGGCCUAUAUAGCCGGAGGACACGGGGGCCCGGUCACUACAGCGCGCGGUGUGGACUCGAUACACGGGCCGGCGGCAGUGGCGACACCACGGCGGACCGCUGACAGCUCGGAAUCGUGGACAGAGGAGACAGACCAGGAUGGUCCGGUGCCACCUCCUACCCUGCCUGUGGGCCGCUCUGCUGUGGGUCUCCGUCCAGGGCCGGCCGUCGUCCGUGGAGCAGCUACCAGACGGCACCGACGUCAUGCUCAGCUCGAUGGGCCUGGUGGAGGGCACUGAUCAACAGCACGAGCUGCAGCAGGCGCCCGGCACCGCAUGGCAGCAAAAGACCGGCACGCCGCUGAUGGACGUCAAGGAACAGCUGGCCACGGAGGAGCAGGGCGAGGACAGUGCCGUGCUGCGCCAGCUGCUGGGCCGUCUUCUACCCUCGGUACCCUCUCUGCAGCCUCCGCGGAGCCGCCGGAGCGGGCCGGACGGCGACCGGAGCAGCCAGCAGCAGCAGCUCAGCAGCCAGCAGCACCAGCAGCUGACCCGCCAGCUGCUGAGGCGUUUCAGGGAGCUCCAGAAGCGCAGCUACCCCUACAGGAGCGACCUGCUCAGACAGGCGCGAGGCUACAUGUGCCUCAGCAAAGUGUGCAACUUCAAGGGCGCGCGCGGCAAGUGAUUACCUCGAGUCUCGGCACCUACCGGUGACGGCCGCUGGUGAGCGGGCCACCGGCCAGGGCGCGGUCUCCGAUGACAGGAGGUCGGCCCUUUUUCAACAACGGAGGCCGGCGGGCUUGGCGCUCUGGAUAACAGCUACAAUAAGGAAAUGGAACCAGUGGGGCACUAACUACAUCCACGGGAGGAAGCGAUUGGGACAAACAUGCCCUGUUUGGAAAAUUUGCCUUGGCGGAAGGAUCUGUCAAAAGAAUGCGAGCAAUGUCAGAAAUUAAAACAUACCACUAUCCGAAGCGUGUCAUUUACCAAAAUACGUGUAUGGUAAAUUUAACAGACACUUGCGCAUAAUAAACCUAAAUCAAUCAUCCUCGAUCGGAAAAGUCCCAGCAAUUGUUUUUAGGUACACGAUUGUUAGUAUUGAAAUUCGAAUUCAAUAUGAUACAGAUUAAGACGUGGAGAUUAUUUGCGGACACAUAGAGGCUGGAUAUAAAAGUACCUAUCGUAAAAGGUUGUCUAUGCAUGCAGGUUGGUGUCGUACUUUCAAUGCUGGUUUAUAUAACCCGUGUUCUGUAAAGUUGAAUGCAACAUUAGAGCAAGCGAGAGCUGGUUACUCAAUCUUUUGCAUCGUUGAACGUAACGCUUCGUCGAAGUCGGUUAAGUCAGCUAGGGGUCAAGUUUGAAGUUCAGGAAACUUAAAUGUUAAUGUUUGAACUGUAACAUCGUCUAUGCAUAGGUUAUCGUAGAAACAUGUGCAAGAAAUCUUCAUGUUGUCAUGCUUCAGACCGAUAGGACUAAGGAAGCAGCCUAGGAAUAUUUUGCAGCACAAUUAUUUUUUGUGACGAGCAUCUUAGAGUAUUCCCGAUGCUCUACUACCGAACUGACGGAAAGCGCCAAACGGCCGAGGUCUCACCAAACGUGUCCAUCAGUGCGCGGGCCCCGCCGAAAGAGGACGCAUGGGACGCGCGCUCCUGUCAAUAUUUCUCGUAUAAUAAUACGUCUGAACGUAAAGACUCUAUUUCGAGCGGCGUAAAUCCUCCCCGAGUGUCUCCUCCUGACGGCGCCCGCGCACCAGUGUUGCUCACCCCACUCUGUUGGUCAUAUUGGCUGACAGGAGUGCAGCUACGGGUGACCUAAUGUACCAUCUCCGCACCGGGUCUUUGCCGAAUAAAUCAUGUGCAAAACA